AUGACGAGGACGACCUUGGACAGGCACGACAUUGGACCCGGAGUGGAGAUUCACUCGGUCGGAGGCCAUACGGCACCUCGGCGAAAAGACGCAUGGGUACGGUACUUUUUAGACCCAGAGGAGUCCAGGCACAAUCGAGGAGGGGCUUAUCGCAGCGGCGCUCUGAGAUACGAACGGUGCAAGUCAGAGUCUUGGUCCGAGUUGCCGGGCAUUGGCUCGCGGUGGCCCUAA